GCGCGACACCUUCCAACGCCAUCCGCCAUCUCCCAUCUCGCCCUGCGCUCCCGCCCGCGGUACACGUGUCGCAUAACAUGAAAGCACUAUGCCUGUGCCUGUGAGGGGUACAAUGAUGAUCAAGCCCCCCCGCUUACUCACCACGCCUCGCCACUUCGCACGUUGAAAGCGCACGCAGCGCUCAACCCUCCAGUCCGCCACUCGGGCUUUAGCCAGGCAAUCACGCCCAUAGCCCACGACGCACAAUGGCUACAGCCAGCAUCUCAGCCAGCGCCGCUCCUGGCGACGACCUGCCCACCCCGCCCGCCUCGUCGGCAGCGCCGUCACAGCACGCAUCGCCCCUGCCGCAGCCUCGAAAGCAUCCACUGAAGCCUGGCGGCUCAAGAGAGUCCGACUUGAUCAGGUACCUCGAUCAGGCCAUCAACAGAGUCCAAAAGCGUGUCGACAACCGCACGACCCAUCGCAAGCUCAGGCCCGCACCUGGCCAAGAGACAGGGUACAGGGCCUUCUGGGAAGUCGCAACGGAUCUCGAUGGCUUAGUCGACGUCGUGUGGGUGUCCGGGUCCCCAAACCUCCAGAUCCCCUACUUGCUCAACAUGGCCGUGCUUACUGCUGACUUUCUUCCUCUGUUCCCCUCAAACACGCCCUCUGCACAGGCUACCUUCCGCCUUGUCUCCAAACUAGAUUAUGCCUUUUCCUCGCUGCUCGCUGGCCACGAUGCCGCCACGGGUGACUUAUUGCCCGGCUUCGAUGGUGGCCGCUCAAUGACAACCACGGACAAGGUCCGCCUAAAAGGCAUUGUGGAUCGGACACGGCUCACAGUCGUGCGCGUCAUGAGCCGAGACAGUGUGGCCGGAGACGAGCAAGAUAUUGGCGGGACCCUUGAUACAGACACGGACAUGGAUAUGGACACUACACAGGAAGAGGUUGGAGCAGAGCAUGGUACCGUAGCCUUUGAAGGCUUUGAAGGCAAUACAGACGACGAAGAGGAUGACGAGUGGCAAGAGCGCGGCAUCGCCAGUGUUUAUGAGAAGACUAUAGGCGAAUUAGGCGACGUUCUCGGUGGUCCCCCAAUUGGUAUUAUUACCGACGAUUGGGGCGCCGAUGCAACUGAGCACCAGAGGAGCGGCGGUGGUUUCGUCGAGUCCGGGGGUGGUGCCCAGUUAUGAAAUAGACAAUGGCAUAUGCCACGCCUUUUCUCCCGUCGCAGCUGUGCAUUGUCGGGUUGAGGACGUUGUAGGCCCUUUCCCAUGCUGCACAGUCUUGACUGCUGUCAUCCUGUCUUUUCCUUUGCUUUAGUAUCCUCAUCUCAUGGCCUUUGACACGCCUCAAUCUUUUUGCACGUCGUCGGCAUUACACGCAGGACCCAUUGAUGCUCGAUCCGAAAUUUGCCGCCAUCAAGUGGAAAGGCGUGUCGCGCAAGUCCACGGAACCAAGCCGGCCCGUGGUCAGCGGCGGGGACGGGGACGUCGAUGGUGCCUUCCCUGAAGAGAAGUGCACGAUAGACGACACGCGAUACACCCAACCACGCUCAACGCGCCCCAUGUGGCAUUCCUGUACAGAUUGUCGCUGACGCCAAGUUUCCAUCUUUUCUCGUCAAUCUUAUCUUCCGUCAAUUACGCAAUAUUCCC